AUCGUUUUGCAGAUGAAAUGGUGGUUUCAACGUACAUCUUAGCCACCGAAGGAUUAACUCAGGGAGAAAUCUAUGCCCUCGUCAACAGAACAGAGGCGCAAUUGGACGCUAAGCACCUACUAUUUUGUGUGGAAUACAAUGGCUCGCAAAUGAUAACUGUGCAUCAGAUACGGUGGAUGAGUCAGCCAUUUAUGCAGACGCCUGGGGCCGAAGCACCAUUGACUGUAGAGUUUAUUGGUCCCGUGGGUGAAUUAUGCGAAGAACACAUAAGGAUUACAAUGGAAUAUAGGGAAAUAACUCAAAACAUGCUUCUCCCAAUAUUGUCUCGCCGACAAAACCAUUAACUCCUCCUGUGAUACUGAUC